UCAUUCAGUACCAACAGGAACUGGAAUUAACCUGCUCAGUAUUCUUGAUUUUCUUCUCAAGCGGAUUCUUGAGUUGAACCACCAAAGUCAUCUUGGAUACCAAUUCUACCUCCACAACGACUUCCGGUUCACUGCAGAGGAGAAAAUGGUGAAGAAGGAUGAUCUUCAACAGGCACCACGUCUACAAUGUUACGGUUCAAAUGGGACGAGAUGGAUAGACAGAGACGACCUCUCCAUCUGGUUCGGAAACCCAAAUCAGAAGACAAAACGGACCCGUUUGCGUCAUGUUGACUUGUCAAAGGCUUUACCAGAUAGAAACCUAUCGUUCAAAGAGAUUGGUAGAGUCUCGCGGUAUAUCGGUGGUACAUACCAGAUGUUCUUUGCCGAACUGGACUGUGAGGUUGCAAUACUUGAGCAGGAGAUGGAAGAGCACCGUCACCUCGACUUUAGAUCUCGCAUCGCAAAGAUUUUCAUUCACCUCCUCAAAACGAAAGCUGAUACUGGAUUCCUGGCUAUAGCAGAUGCAAUGUCACGACAUGGAAUGGACCCCUCCAAGCUCGUAAACAUUCUGGACUCCAACAGAAAUGUGAUGUUUAUAGACGAGACAUUGACGGAUACAUGGUUAAAGAGGUAUGUGUCUGACAAUGAUGUUCCGAUCAUCGCUGAUCACGUAGACAUUAAAUCAUAUUUCAACCUGUUCCUGGAACUUGGAUUCACACCCAAAAUAGUGGAUAAGUUUGACUACGACUACAAGGAUAUUUCAAAGAAAAUCACCGCUUUACUGGAAGCUUUCAUUAAAGAGACCAAGCCACGCCCAACUGUGAACUCAAUUCUCCUGGCGAUGCAGGAAUGCGACAUGGACACCGAAUCCCUCAUUAGAGCACUAAAAUCCGCAUAGGUUAAGUACUACAACAUGGUUCUAAUACCCAAUAACUGGUGUAUGUUACCAUAGAGACGUUGUUCUGCUCUGAUUGUCGAGGACUAGUGUUAUAUGGAUUUUUUCUCUACACGGUUCUAGAAGCUCAUUGACCAAAGACAGUUACCAAAGGACUACUACUUGUACAAUUUCCAAUAACAUUAUUAUUUCACCAAAGUGAGUAUAUUAUGUUUAUUAUAUGACAAUUGGUGAUUAAUGAAGUGUUGUACAGAAACGAUAUGAUAUCCAGAUUCCAAUGCAGUAUUAUUGAUUUCAAAUGUCACCAUAAAGUCAGCAAAAAACAUUGAUUUUUUUAGAGACUGAUUAGGAUUGUGGUAUGUAAUUAAUGAAACAUUAUGAGUUAAGAAAAGAAAUAGUUUCUGUAUUUGCUGAAAAGAUGAUGUAAAUGUGUGCUGCGUAGCAAUGAUGAAUAACCAAAUAUGCAUGAUAUGUUAAUAAGGUGCUCGUUAUAUUAUAACAGGGAAACGCAUGCUAUAACCUAACACACUUGUUAACCGUGGUGUUAUAACAGAUAAAUAAAAUAUAUCACUGAUGUGAUGUAAGGAUAAGGUAAAUAUAACCAAAGGGACACAUUUUUGGGUAGAAGACCCGAAGCUUUGAAUAACCAUAUACAUACCACACAUAAGAGACGGAUUCCAGUUCUUGCUUAUAACCUUAAACCCGUAAAACAGCUGCUUUUCUAGUACAGUUGUAAACUGUCUGUACUUUUGUAAUUUGCAAAUGGAGCCCGGAUGGUGAUUGCUAAUGGAGUCAAUGACCCUGACUGACCCCAAAACGUCAUGGAAUGACGUCACGAACAAGAUCUUGACCCCGAAAGGUCACUUUAAUCCUACCCGCAAGUCUGAGCGUAAAAACGAUCCAGACUCGUGGGUUGGAUAGAAUUUCCCAGCAAUGCAUUGUAGUCCUAGAUAAGUAAGCUUCAGUGACGGGGAUGCUAAUACAUAACUAGGAUAUUUAAGUUGAUAUGAUAGA